GGCUGAAAUUCAUGACGUGUUUGGAGGGCAUUUUGGUCAUACAAAUGGUGGUGGCAAGAAACACGGAGAGCUACUGGAUUUUGCCUUUUGGAGCAUGGACUAGUGCACUGUAGAGUAGUGUUUUUGUGUUCUUGGGGUUUCUGAGAAAAUUUGAAACAGAAGAAAAGGUAAGAGAGAGAAGACGAAAGUGAAAAAGCCUAAAUGCCUUUUGGGUUUUGUUCCACAAUCAACACCAAGUUUUGGUACCCCAUAAAAGCUUUAGGCUUUAAACUCAAAGCUUCAAUCCCAUUACUGUCAUCUGAUCUUUUUUUUUUUUUUUUUUGUCUAUACCAUAUGAACUCGGCUUAAACCGUUUAUCAAUAAUCAAGUAGUCUGCGCAGUGUGAAUUGUUUGUUGGAAUAUAAUGAGCAACACCACCACCACUGUUGGUUCUAGUAGUAGAAGUACUGUGAAGACAUUUGAGUUUGGAAGGACUCAUGUGGUCAGGCCCAGAGGACAACACCAGGCCACCAUAGUUUGGCUGCACGGUCUUGGUGACAAGGGAUCAAGCUGGUCCCAACUCCUGGAAACCCUUCCUCUUCCAAAUAUUAAAUGGAUAUGCCCAACUGCUCCAACAAGACCAGUAGCAAUAUUUGGCGGAUUUCCAUGCACUGCUUGGUUUGAUGUGGGAGACAUUUCAGAAAAUGCUCCUGAUGACUUGGAGGGGCUGGAUGCUUCAGCAGCACAUGUUGCUAAUCUGUUGUCAACAGAACCUGCAGACAUCAAACUUGGUGUUGGUGGCUUCAGCAUGGGUGCUGCAACUGCCCUCUACUCAGCCACAUGCCGUGUUUUAGGACAAUAUGGAAAUGGAAAUCGUUAUCCUGUCAACCUAAAUGCAGUUGUUGGUCUAAGUGGCUGGCUUCCAUGCGCAAGGAGUUUGAGGAGCCGGAUUGAAGGAUCUCAUGAGGCUGCAAGGAAUGCAGCAUCCUUGCCCAUUCUGCUCUGCCACGGAUUAUGUGAUGAUGUGGUUGCAUAUAAUCAUGGAGAGAAAUCAGCACAGACCUUGAUUUCAGCUGGAUUUCGAAAUCUUACAUUUAAAACCUACAAUGGGCUGGGUCACUACACAAUCCCAGAAGAAACAGAUGAAGUCUGUAAUUGGCUAACAACAAGGUUGGGGCUGGAGGGGCAUGAUAAUAAAAGGUGAAAAUUUUGGUUAAGGAAACAUGGAGAUAUCAAAUCAAAGUACUAGGGUUAGACAAGGCACUCAAGAGUAGAUGCUUGGUAUGGGGAGUAUAGGGUAUAGUGCGAUGUUCAACUUAUUAUAUUAUUAUUCCUUUUUUAUGUCAGUUUCUCUAAAUAAACUGAUUCUGUAAUUUUCCUUUUUUCAUUUCCCUGUGGUUUGUCUUUUAGUCUGAGUUACUCAUGGUUGGAUAUUGAGGUAACUAUGCAAUUUUUGCCGUAGGAGGGUAGUGGGGAAAGGUAAAGCUUGGACCAUUUGUGUGGCUCCUCUAUCAAGGAAAUUUUAUGAAUUAUUUAACAAAGAAUAAUUGUAUCUAAGAGGAUGCUUGCUAGACAUUGACUCUACUACAUGAUGCAUAAUAAAAGCUGGAUAUGGUCUGCUUCA